CUUUAGGGGAAGGGCUGGAGGCCGGGGUGCUAGGGGCGGAUGAGUUGGGGCCGCUGGGCUGGGAUCCGAGCGGGGCGAAGAGUCGGCAGCCGUCAGGGUCACGGCGCUUGGACGGCCGCAUCGACCGGGGCUGGCGAUUGAAGGCCGGGGCUGCAGCAGACUUUCGGGAGGUGCCGCUGCGCGGGGAUGGGCCCGGGUGAGCCCUGGAAGAGCAGGGCGACCUAGGGGCGGGUGAGGAUGUUCUCGACCCGCAGGAGCAUGCUCGCCUGGGUUAGUUGAAGUUCCGGGCUUGAUUCUUGAAGGAUCCGGGCGUGCGGCAUUACCCCCAGAAGCAAUCCUUGCUUGGAGGCCAGGCCGGCUGCUUUCCUCUUUUGACAGGUGCUCCAUCGCUUUGUCAGCGAGGCAGCCCUGGCGAGAUUACAGUAAGGCAGAGCCAGAUCCGGGAGAGUCGUGCGGGGUUUCCCAGGGACCUGUCCCUUAAGGACUUGUUCAAGAUGUGAGAAGCAAGCAGACUCCGGAGUUCUGCAGCCUUUCUGCUCCCCACCCCUUGUCCGGUGCUCUAACUUUGGACAAGGUGUAGGUCUUAGUUUUCCAAUCUGUUACAGGGUGAGGGCUGUAAUGUGGUUCGGAGGGUAAGGUGUUUGGCCCACAGGAAAUAUAAUGACCCCGUGUAUCAGGAAUCCUUCAGCCUUAGGGGUGUUUUGCAUGUGGCUUCUCAUCUGGAAUGCUUUUACAGUCUCCGGCCUGAAUCUUUCUGAAUUCCAUGCAUUUAAGACUUGGUGGUCUCUCUGUACAAUGGUUUCUCAGUGAAGAGAGGAUUCCCAAAUAGGAGGCAAGGACCAUAGAGGGUGAGAGUUACUUUUCUUCUGUGCCUAGUUAUCCUGGAAAACUGUUAUCUCUGGAGUUCACACUUAAUGGCCUGAUCUCGUAGGCUACACAGCAUCUGUGCUCGGGAUCUUUUUAGAAAAUCUAAUCCCAGCAUUUAUAAGCUAUGCUUUGAUUUCCUUAAAUCGCAGGGCACAUGUAUAUGGAGGAUUAGGCAGUGGCCACUGGCUCUGUGGAAAUCCUCCAUCCAUUCUUGUACUGAUGGGAAGAGAGGCCUGGGCUUAAUUUUCCUUUAAAAUUAUUUACAUUCCCUUGGUUGUGUAUGUCCAUGUCUGAGUGUAUGUGCACAUGCUAUGUGCAUACAAGAACCCUCUGAGGUCAGGCAAGGGCACCUGCAUCAGAUACUUGGAAAUGGAGUUUCAGAUGGCUGUGACACGCUGGAAACCAAACCUUUUUUGCACGAUCAGUAAAUGCUCUUAACCACUGAGCCAUUUCUCCACCCCUUGUCUUACAAACAAACAAACAAACAAACAAAAGCCCAAAGCUGAUAGAACUCAAGUGCAAGAUCUUUCUGUUUGCUGCUGACUUCAAUGCUGCAUGUACAGAGGUGGCUGUCUGCCCAGUCCAGCACCAUGCACACACUUGUGUUCCUCAGCACACGGCAGGUCCUCCAGUGCCAGCCAGCUGCCUGCCAGGCCCUGCCCCUGCUGCCCCGAGAACUCUUCCCCCUGCUCUUCAAGGUGGCCUUCAUGGACAAGAAGACGGUUGUCCUGCAAGAGCUGGUGCACACAUGGCCCUUCCCACUACUUAGUUUCCAGCAGCUGCUGCAAGAGUGUGCCCAUUGCAGCCGGGCCCUGCUGCAGGAGCGGCUCAGCACAGAGAGCAUGCAGGCUGUGAUCCUGGGCUUGACUGCCCGGCUUCACACUCCCAAAAAGGAGGCUGGCACACAACCCCUUUGCAGGAAGCAUGCAUUGCGGGUACUGGACAUGACUGGUCUUCUGGAUGACGGUGUGGAGCAAGAUCCUGCAACCAUGAGCAUGUGGGACUGCACAGCAGCCGUAGCCAGAACGUGUAUUGCCCAGCAGCAGGGUGGGACUGCUGAGCCAGGGCUGUCACCGGUCCCUGUGGAAGUCCGUGUGGACCUUAGGGUAAACCGGGCCUCCUACACAUUCCUUCGUGAGGCACUCCAAAGUAGUGUGGACAGCCCGCUUCGGCUCUGUUGCCGGGACCUCCGGGCUGAGGAUCUGCCCAUGCGCAACACUGUGGCCUUGCUGCAGCUUUUAGACGCAGGCUGUCUACGCCGUAUAGACCUGCGCUUCAACAACCUGGGCUUGCGUGGCCUGUCUGUCAUUAUCCCACAUGUGGCCCGCUUCCAGCACCUAGCCAGCCUCAGGCUGCACUAUGUGCACGGGGACUCAAGGCAGCCUUCUGUGGAUGGUGAGGACAACUUUCGAUAUUUCCUGGCCCAGAUGGGCCGCUUUAUCUGUCUUCGGGAGCUCAGCAUGGGCUCUUCUCUCCUCUCAGGCAGGCUGGAUCAACUGCUCAGCACCCUGCAGAGCCCCCUGGAAAGCCUAGAGCUGGCCUUCUGUGCACUGUUGCCUGAGGACCUACGCUUCUUGGCUCAGAGCUCUCAUGCUGCCCACCUCAAGAAGCUGGAUCUGAGUGGCAACGACUUGUCAGGGAACCAGCUGAUACCCUUCCAGGGUCUGUUGCAGGCAGCUGCGGCCACAUUGCUGCAUCUUGAGUUGACUGAGUGCCAGCUUGCUGAUGCCCAGCUGUUGGCCACACUGCCCACCCUGACUCGAUGUGCCAGCCUCCGCUACCUUGGUCUCUAUGGCAACCCUUUGUCUAUGGCAGGGCUUAAAGAGCUGCUUCGGGACUCUGUGGUACAGGCUGAGCUGCGCACUGUGGUGCACCCCUUCCCUGUGGAUUGUUAUGAGGGCCUUCCUUGGCCACCACCUGCCUCCGUCCUUCUGGAAGCCUCCAUCAAUGAGGAGAAGUUUGCCCGUGUAGAGGCUGAGUUGCACCAGCUGCUGUUAGCUUCAGGCCGUGCCCAUGUACUCUGGACCACAGACAUCUAUGGGCGCCUGGCUGCAGACUAUUUCAGCCUCUGAUCUCCAGGGGCCUGUUGAGGGAUAGGACAAGAGCCUUUGGGGCUUUGCUGGAGGCCCGGCACAAGGCUUUCUUAGGUUCUCUGCAGUUUGCCUUACUCCUGGGUAUGCCUUGAGUCACCCACAUUUGGCAGCAUCCUUCACCUGCUCCCACCGUCUGACCGACUGUCGGUAUCUUAGGACUGUGCUCCCUUGCCCUGUAUGGCUGCCCUGACUGCUUUUCUGGGUUGUAGCCUCUCUGCAGAAGAGUCCCUGGUACAGCCCAUGCUCUUAGCAGGAGUGCAGUAGAUGAGGUAGAGAUUCGGAUGAUAUGCUUGGCCAUGCAGUCUGGGGCCUCAUGCUGUGUAUCCUGCCUGGCACCUGAGGCACCCUAUUACCCCACGCUGGGGUGUGAGCAAGGUACAAAUGUGCAGUGUCUGGAACUUGGAUCUAUGGGAUUUUUUUGGUGUGCGUGUCCUAAUCAGAUAGGAAAGACUUGCCUACAUUUCUGGUGUUGCCUCAUCAUGGCAAGUUGCCAAGGAUCAUCCAAGCUACUGCCCCACUUCCUCACUGUUAUCACAUUAGUCCUACUGUCCAGAGCCAGCGUGGACUGCAGGAGCUGGCGGCUGGGGACACCUUAUCCACGGCCCUGGUCACCCACAGACCCACGAUUCCCCACCUGACAACCCCAACACACUCAGCACUGUAUCGCGAUUCCCGACCUGAAAGGCCCCAACACACAGCUCUGUAGCGCGGCUUCAACUUUACUAAUGAGCAUGUGCAGGGCUGCACCGGCCAAUCCCCGGUGCCCACGUCACUGACACGCGCGGCAGGCUUAGCAAUGGAUCUCAUAGGCGACACGUGGAGGGAGGCGCAUCCCAGACAGGAGCGCUUCGGGAGGGCUCUGGUCGGGCGGCUCCUCAGGCGGUACCUCUGCGAACAGGGGCUUGGAACGGUCAAUGACGAACAUCUCGUGUCCACGCUCAUCACGGAAUUCCUCGAGCUGCGCAAAGGUGCAAGGCCCGUCUGAAUAGUCGUUGACGAAUAGUGUGCCUUCCCCCGGCGGCGCAGGCACCUUUUUCCGCCGCCGCCGGCGCCGGCAGAUCAUGGCAGCCAACAGCAGCGCGGUGAGCGCCAGCAGCGCGAUGGUUGCAGCGAUCGCUGUCUGCGUUGCUAGGCCCAGGGCACGGAAGGCCAUGCUGCCUGUCUCGUGCCGGGGCUCGUGCCCCACGGGGCGUGCAGCCGGGGCCUGCGGGGCGGGUGGCUGCUGUGACUGCUGCCGGGACGCGUUGACCAGGAGAUGGAAGGGCACACGCGCUUUGCCACCAGCAUUGGCGGCCUCGCAUUCGUACUUGCCGGCGUGAGCCAGUGUGAUGUUGGAGAGGAAGAGCAUGCCGCUGCCGGUGUCACGGGUCGCAUGCCCACCCAGGCCUGAUGUCCCACCUUCCAGCUGGGCUUGGGCUUGAGGUUUGCCAUCACGAGGCUGGGGCACCUUUCUCCAGACCACCAGAGGCUGUGGGUAUCCCGAUGCCUGACAGGCUACCUGCAGGUCUUCCCCCAGGUUAGCUGUGAGCUCUGGGGGCUCCACGUUCACAGAGGGAGGAAUGCAGAUGAGGCUACCACCAGAUACUUCUAGCAGACUCUGUAGCGCCAAGCGAGGGGGCUCUGCACAUGUGAUCUUCUUGUCUCUGGAGCUCAGCAGCCGGCGGCCCCCCUCUUUGAUCCAAGAGCCCAGCCAGUGAAGGGCACAAUCACAACGCCAUGGGUUCUCUGUGUGGGCAGAAUACAACCUAGAUAGAUGGGGUCCUGCUGAUCCAGACAGAACCCCUUUCCUACCUCUUAGAGAUGCCUAUGGAGUCCCAGAACCCUUACCACCUUUUCCCUCAGUCCAAGUUCCUAGGAGUGAGUGUGAUCCCAGUUCCUGAAAGAGCAUUUUGCAAGCCUCCACGUCCUUGCAUAUUCCAGCCGCACUGAAAACCCUGUUGUCAAACGCACUCCCCAGUUUUUGCCUCCCUGACCUCUGAUGACAAGUUGCAAGAGCCUCAGUUUUGUUAAAUUAUUCUGUGGAACUAGGUACUUGUCUUCCUUACACGGUAGGGUCCUUUACCAGGGCUGCAGGUUCUGGUGUGACCCUGCAGAGUAAUGCCCAUGGACUGCCAUAGUGAGGCAAGACAGAAGAGGGUAAUUACAGGGACACAGGAAGGGAGGCAAGUCUCCACGGAAUCCGGUUGAAGAUUGCCAACAUAACAAUAUUCCUUUUAAAUAUAGAAGAAUGUUCAGGUAGCGGUGAACCAUACUUAAGGCCCAAGCAUAUAUAAAUAUGAUCUUCAAGAAUGACCUCACUCCUUUUGUAGGUCAUUUCUGGGGGAAAUCACAAGACUAAACCUUUGUUUACGGUAAGGGCAUCUCCCUCUGCAACCCUCGUUUCCUGGGGAGUUGCACUAUCUGUAACCCCAUCCAAUGCAGAGGAACCACCCUAUGGUCUCACUUAAGUGUUGUUUGUUUUAUUUUCCAGACAGGGUUUCUCUGUGUAACCCUGCCUGUCUAGGAUCUCGAUUUGUAUACCAGAGUAGACUUCAACCCAGAGAUCCUCCUGCCUCUGUCUCCCAAGUGCUGGAACUAAAGACUUGCAGCACUGUACCCAACUCACUUAUGUUCUUUAGUCAUCUUUAGAGAUGUAACUUCUUUUUUUUUUCUUGGAGCUGAGGAUCGAACCCAGGGCCAUGC